CUCUCUCUUCUUGGACUAUAUGUAGAAGAGUUAUCAUCUUUAUUUUCUCUGCAUUUGCGAAUCAAUUCUCCUACUUUAGGUUCCUUUCAAACAUUAACACUUGAAUUACAAGUGAUUCAAAUGGUUCUGUUGUGAAAGCUAUUUGACUUGAUUCUGAAUUCUUUAGCUGAAGAAGCACAAAUCAGAUCAUGUGAGGUGAGAAGUGAAUUGUCAUGAUAUAAAACCUUUAGCAUCUUGGGCUAAUCAUAGUGACCAUUAAUUUGUGACAUGCUCUGACACAUGGCAAUCAUCCAUUCUAAGCAAAACUCAGGAGAAAAAGAGCCCUAUGUUUGGCAAGAGGAAUUUGUUUAAUUAUUUUAUGGCUGAUAAUUGCUUAUCUCUGGAUGCUGCAAUACAAGGUGUGUGGAAUCAAUUGCAGAUGGUUGUGGAUAGUGAAGUCUAACAGACUUGUUGUAUGAUACAGAAUUCUUUCACAUAUGGAGAAUAAAGGGUUUUCAUGCAUUUUGGGUAUAUGAUCAAUUUAAAAUUAUUAACUCUAUGAUUAAAGGAUGGAGGCUGUUGCAUAUGCUUAGAUUCGAGAAUUAGAACCUGAGAGGAGUAUCUGGAAGCUUCAUCAUUGAAAAAAGGAAUCAGAAGUCUGUGAACUAUGCACAUAUUAUAGCCUAAACAUUGAUUUAGUUGUAAUCUCUGAUUUGUGUUGGAUCAAUUUUUCCUGUAAUUUCUUGUUCUGUGGGAAAACAGCUACAAAGCUCUCUGGUCUUGAGAAUGAACCCACAGGGAAAGAUGGAAAAUUCAUAUACUUCCAAUGAGGAAGUUAUCUGUUCUCCAUCUUUUGAGUCUCUAACAUCCGGUUUUCCAUUUCCUGAUUUUAUGAACAACUACUACCGUGCAUCACAUGGUGGAGUGGUUCUUCAGCAGUCUCAUCACUCCAAUUACCAGAGUUCACUUUCUGGGUUGUUCAAUGGAUCCACCCAAUUUCUGCAACCUCGGCAACAUCUGGGUCUUCAUCACCAAACUAUAACAGGAAAAAUGACUAAUUUUAAUUAUGAAUCAUCUGGAAAGUUAGAUGCUGCCUCGAGCAUUUACUUUCCUACUGAUUGUCAAGCUCAAGAUAAUGAUAAUGUUAGAUCUCUGCAAUCAAAAGGUACUAGCUUGGAGCUUGCAUGUACGGGCACUAGAAUUGGGAAUAAUUCAGAUUUGUCAUGGGGAGUAGGAGGAUCCAAACAUGGGGAAAUGUUCUACUCUUCAAAUUCUCAGACUGGAACUACUGCAGUUCAUAGUAGCAUGCAGUCAUGUGGUGCAGCAACUGGCAAACAACGUAUUAGAUGGACACAUGAACUACAUGAACAGUUUGUAGAAGCUGUUAAUCAUCUUGGAGGGGCAAUGAAAGCAACUCCAAAAGGAAUAUUAGCACUUAUGAAAUCACAAGGGUUGACAAUUCUUCACAUCAAGAGCCAUCUACAGAAAUAUCGGACUGCCAAGUGCGUGCCAAAUUUCCAUGGAGGGAAGAAUUGGAAGAGAAUCAAUAAUGAUAUGAUGCCAUUAUCAAAUUUUAGGGGGAAUGUAGGACUUCAGAUUUCUGAAACACUUCGUAUGCAAAUGGAUGUCCAGAAAAGCUUGCAUGACCAUUUGGAGUUCCAGAAAAAAUUGCAGAUGAGAAUUGAGGAGCAUGCAAAUUACCUGGAAAAUAUGUUCGUUCAGCAAAAAAGUUGUAGCUUCUUUGAGAAUCACAACUCAACUAAAGGUGUUGACCAGUGUAUUGCAGAGCGUUCAUCCAAUGGCGAAUAUGAAAAUAACAAAGAGGUCAUUCUUGCUAAAUCAGAGCCCUAAGCAUCUGCAUCUAAAUUUGAUCAGAAACAAUAAGAGAAUUCAAGUUCUACGAGAAGGUAAUCAACAUGUAUAGUCUGAAAUUGGACAGAAACAGAGAGGCAAAGCAUCUGAAAAAGAACUUUGAGAAUCUUGAUGGAGAAAUUGUGUUCAUGAGUAGUAUCAGGAUAAAUACUCAUAGGUCCUCAUUCUGUCAAAAUCAAAAACUAAUAGAUUAGGGAAUUAGAUCUUGCUAUACACCAAUGUUGUAAAUCCUAUUUUCAUACUCGAAACUUGAAUGAUAAGCCUGUAGAUUUUCUAGAUCUUUAAAUGUGAAGCUUGUAUCUUGCAAUAUUGUGU